AUGUCGGACGUUCUGACCGGUGACAUCGUUUCUGUCAACCUCCCCACCGUCGGCCACCGUGAGGGCCGGGUCAUCGGCCAGCAUAUUGAUUAUGCAGGUCGCCUGAUCGUUCAGGUUCAAUUUGAGCCUGGCAAUUACUACAAUGCUUGGUGGGACGCUUUCACCACUGCAUCUCAUCUUUCAUCUCCUGAUAUACUCACGGUUAGGGCCCCAACUGUUACCCGCGUUCGAAGGACGACUUACAUCAAUGGUCCGCGGGUUACUCAGCAAGUGAUCGAGAGAACCUAUUACUAG